AUGGACACUGUCACCAAGACCGGAGACGCAGCGUCUCAGCAUCAGACCGAAGAUGUUGAGCAAUUGAAGCAUCACAGCCAAGCCCCCACCAAGGGCGCCGACCGAGCGGCAAACAUGAUCGGAGACCAGCAAGUUGAGGUUACAGAGGAAGAUAACAAGCGCAUCCGCCGAAAGACCGAUAAGCGAAUCCUUUCCAUCCUCAUCUGGGUCUACUUCCUCCAGAUUCUCGAUAAGUCAGUCCUUGGAUAUGGCGCCAUCUUCGGUCUCAGGACAGACUGCAACCUCACUGGCGAUCAAUACUCGAUGGUCAGCUCCAUCUCUGCCAUUGCCCAGCUCGCAUGGCAGCCGUUCUCCUCGUGGCUUAUUGUGAAGGUUCCUCACCGCAUCCUCAUGCCCUCCCUCGUCUUUGGAUGGGGUGUUGCUCAGUGCUGCAUGGCCGCUUGCCAAAACUACCAAGGGCUUCUGGCAACUCGAUUCCUUUUGGGUCUCUUCGAGGCUGGCUGCUUGCCCUUAUUCUCGGUCAUCACAUCCCAGUGGUACCGCCGCGCUGAGCAGCCCAUGCGAGUCGCAUGCUGGUACGGCACCAACGGUCUGGCAACCAUGUUCGCGGCUGCCGUUUCUUACGGCCUGGGCCAGAUCAAUGGCUCGAUCCACUCGUGGCAGAUCCUCUUUAUCUUCGUCGGUCUCAUGACCGUCCUCUCGUCCCCGGUUGUCUACUUUCUCCUCGACAACGACAUCCCUUCUGCCCGGUUCCUCACUGAGCACGAGAAGCUCCAGGCUAUUGAGCGUCUGCGUGCCAACCAGACUGGUACUGGUAGCCGCGACUUCAAGUGGAGCCACGUUUGGGAAGCUCUUAUUGAGCCCAAGAGCUACCUCUUCGUCGGUAUGGCCAUCUGUCUCAACGUCACUGCCGCCGUCACGAACACCUUCGGCCCCAUUGUCCUUGCCGGCUUUGGCUUUUCCAGCUCCAAGACGUCUCUUCUGAACAUUCCCUUUGGAGCUGUCCAGCUUCUCGUUAUCUUCCCUGCCUCUUGGCUGGCCCACCGUUACCGCAUCAAGUCCGUCUUCCUGGCUGCUCUCAUGGCUCCGGUCCUUGCAGGCGCCAUUAUGCUUUACAUCCUGGACCGCAACAGCAUCCCGCCCUUGUUGGUCGCAUACUACAUGCUUGCCUUCCUCUUCGGCGGUAACCCUCUCAUCGUCUCAUGGAUGAUCUCCAACAUCGCCGGUACCACGAAGAAGUCCGUCCUGUUGUCUCUGUACAAUGCUGGGUCUUCUGCUGGCAACAUCGUCGGUCCGCUCCUCUUCAACUCCAAGGAUGCACCGCAGUACAGACCCGGUCUUACCAAGGUCAUGGGAAUCACUUGCGCUCUGCUUGCUAUCAUCGGUCUGCAGGUGAUUGUCCUGUUCAUCUCCAACAAGAUGCAAGAGCGCAAGAGAGUGGCGAACGGAAAGCCCAGGAAGAUUAAGGAUUUGAGUAUGGAGCGCCACUACGUCGAUGGCAGAGGGGAGGAGACUGAGGGUGUGCACUUGGGAGAGAAUGCGUUCUUGGACUUGACGGACAGCCAGAACGACGAGUUUGUCUAUGUUUACUAA